UACGCCUCUCCCUCCAUACUCAGUACGCCUCUCCCUCCAUACUCAGUACGCCUCUCCCUCCAUACUCAGUACGCCUCUCCCUCCAUACUCAGUACGCCUCUCCCUCCAUACUCAGUACGCCUCUCCCUCCAUACUCAGUACGCCUCUCCCUCCAUACUCAGUACGCCUCUCCCUGCAUACUCAGUACGCCUCUCCCUCCAUACUCAGUACGCCUCUCCCUGCAUACUCAGUACGCCUCUCCCUGCAUACUCAGUACGCCUCUCCCUCCAUACUCAGUACGCCUCUCCCUGCAUACUCAGUACGCCUCUCCCUCCAUACUCAGUACGCCUCUCCCUCCAUACUCAGUACGCCUCUCCCUGCAUACUCAGUACGCCUCUCCCUGCAUACUCAGUACGCCUCUCCCUCCAUACUCAGUACGCCUCUCCCUGCAUACUCAGUACGCCUCUCCCUGCAUACUCAGUACGCCUCUCCCUCCAUACUCAGUACGCCUCUCCCUCCAUACUCAGUACGCCUCUCCCUCCAUACUCAGUACGCCUCUCCCUCCAUACUCAGUACGCCUCUCCCUCCAUACUCAGUACGCCUCUCCCUCCAUACUCAGUACGCCUCUCCCUCCAUACUCAGUACGCCUCUCCCUCCAUACUCAGUACGCCUCUCCCUCCAUACUCAGUACGCCUCUCCCUCCAUACUCAGUACGCCUCUCCCUCCAUACUCAGUACGCCUCUCCCUCCAUACUCAGUACGCCUCUCCCUCCAUACUCAGUACGCCUCUCCCUCCAUACUCAGUACGCCUCUCCCUCCAUACUCAGUACGCCUCUCCCUGCAUACUCAGUACGCCUCUCCCUCCAUACUCAGUACGCCUCUCCCUCCAUACUCAGUACGCCUCUCCCUCCAUACUCAGUACGCCUCUCCCUCCAUACUCAGUACGCCUCUCCCUCCAUACUCAGUACGCCUCUCCCUCCAUACUCAGUACGCCUCUCCCUCCAUACUCAGUACGCCUCUCCCUCCAUACUCAGUACGCCUCUCCCUCCAUACUCAGUACGCCUCUCCCUCCAUACUCAGUACGCCUCUCCCUGCAUACUCAGUACGCCUCUCCCUGCAUACUCAGUACGCCUCUCCCUGCAUACUCAGUACGCCUCUCCCUCCAUACUCAGUACGCCUCUCCCUCCAUACUCAGUACGCCUCUCCCUCCAUACUCAGUACGCCUCUCCCUCCAUACUCAGUACGCCUCUCCCUCCAUACUCAGUACGCCUCUCCCUCCAUACUCAGUACGCCUCUCCCUCCAUACUCAGUACGCCUCUCCCUCCAUACUCAGUACGCCUCUCCCUCCAUACUCAGUACGCCUCUCCCUCCAUACUCAGUACGCCUCUCCCUCCAUACUCAGUACGCCUCUCCCUCCAUACUCAGUACGCCUCUCCCUCCAUACUCAGUACGCCUCUCCCUCCAUACUCAGUACGCCUCUCCCUCCAUACUCAGUACGCCUCUCCCUCCAUACUCAGUACGCCUCUCCCUGCAUACUCAGUACGCCUCUCCCUCCAUACUCAGUACGCCUCUCCCUGCAUACUCAGUACGCCUCUCCCUGCAUACUCAGUACGCCUCUCCCUCCAUACUCAGUACGCCUCUCCCUGCAUACUCAGUACGCCUCUCCCUCCAUACUCAGUACGCCUCUCCCUCCAUACUCAGUACGCCUCUCCCUGCAUACUCAGUACGCCUCUCCCUGCAUACUCAGUACGCCUCUCCCUCCAUACUCAGUACGCCUCUCCCUGCAUACUCAGUACGCCUCUCCCUGCAUACUCAGUACGCCUCUCCCUGCAUACUCAGUACGCCUCUCCCUCCAUACUCAGUACGCCUCUCCCUCCAUACUCAGUACGCCUCUCCCUCCAUACUCAGUACGCCUCUCCCUCCAUACUCAGUACGCCUCUCCCUGCAUACUCAGUACGCCUCUCCCUCCAUACUCAGUACGCCUCUCCCUCCAUACUCAGUACGCCUCUCCCUCCAUACUCAGUACGCCUCUCCCUCCAUACUCAGUACGCCUCUCCCUCCAUACUCAGUACGCCUCUCCCUCCAUACUCAGUACGCCUCUCCCUCCAUACUCAGUACGCCUCUCCCUCCAUACUCAGUACGCCUCUCCCUCCAUACUCAGUACGCCUCUCCCUCCAUACUCAGUACGCCUCUCCCUCCAUACUCAGUACGCCUCUCCCUCCAUACUCAGUACGCCUCUCCCUCCAUACUCAGUACGCCUCUCCCUCCAUACUCAGUACGCCUCUCCCUCCAUACUCAGUACGCCUCUCCCUCCAUACUCAGUACGCCUCUCCCUCCAUACUCAGUACGCCUCUCCCUCCAUACUCAGUACGCCUCUCCCUCCAUACUCAGUACGCCUCUCCCUCCAUACUCAGUACGCCUCUCCCUCCAUACUCAGUACGCCUCUCCCUCCAUACUCAGUACGCCUCUCCCUCCAUACUCAGUACGCCUCUCCCUCCAUACUCAGUACGCCUCUCCCUCCAUACUCAGUACGCCUCUCCCUCCAUACUCAGUACGCCUCUCCCUCCAUACUCAGUACGCCUCUCCCUCCAUACUCAGUACGCCUCUCCCUCCAUACUCAGUACGCCUCUCCCUCCAUACUCAGUACGCCUCUCCCUGCAUACUCAGUACGCCUCUCCCUGCAUACUCAGUACGCCUCUCCCUCCAUACUCAGUACGCCUCUCCCUCCAUACUCAGUACGCCUCUCCCUCCAUACUCAGUACGCCUCUCCCUCCAUACUCAGUACGCCUCUCCCUCCAUACUCAGUACGCCUCUCCCUCCAUACUCAGUACGCCUCUCCCUCCAUACUCAGUACGCCUCUCCCUCCAUACUCAGUACGCCUCUCCCUCCAUACUCAGUACGCCUCUCCCUCCAUACUCAGUACGCCUCUCCCUCCAUACUCAGUACGCCUCUCCCUCCAUACUCAGUACGCCUCUCCCUCCAUACUCAGUACGCCUCUCCCUCCAUACUCAGUACGCCUCUCCCUCCAUACUCAGUACGCCUCUCCCUCCAUACUCAGUACGCCUCUCCCUGCAUACUCAGUACGCCUCUCCCUCCAUACUCAGUACGCCUCUCCCUGCAUACUCAGUACGCCUCUCCCUGCAUACUCAGUACGCCUCUCCCUCCAUACUCAGUACGCCUCUCCCUGCAUACUCAGUACGCCUCUCCCUCCAUACUCAGUACGCCUCUCCCUCCAUACUCAGUACGCCUCUCCCUGCAUACUCAGUACGCCUCUCCCUGCAUACUCAGUACGCCUCUCCCUCCAUACUCAGUACGCCUCUCCCUGCAUACUCAGUACGCCUCUCCCUGCAUACUCAGUACGCCUCUCCCUGCAUACUCAGUACGCCUCUCCCUCCAUACUCAGUACGCCUCUCCCUCCAUACUCAGUACGCCUCUCCCUCCAUACUCAGUACGCCUCUCCCUCCAUACUCAGUACGCCUCUCCCUGCAUACUCAGUACGCCUCUCCCUCCAUACUCAGUACGCCUCUCCCUCCAUACUCAGUACGCCUCUCCCUCCAUACUCAGUACGCCUCUCCCUCCAUACUCAGUACGCCUCUCCCUCCAUACUCAGUACGCCUCUCCCUCCAUACUCAGUACGCCUCUCCCUCCAUACUCAGUACGCCUCUCCCUCCAUACUCAGUACGCCUCUCCCUGCAUACUCAGUACGCCUCUCCCUCCAUACUCAGUACGCCUCUCCCUGCAUACUCAGUACGCCUCUCCCUCCAUACUCAGUACGCCUCUCCCUCCAUACUCAGUACGCCUCUCCCUGCAUACUCAGUACGCCUCUCCCUGCAUACUCAGUACGCCUCUCCCUCCAUACUCAGUACGCCUCUCCCUCCAUACUCAGUACGCCUCUCCCUCCAUACUCAGUACGCCUCUCCCUCCAUACUCAGUACGCCUCUCCCUGCAUACUCAGUACGCCUCUCCCUGCAUACUCAGUACGCCUCUCCCUGCAUACUCAGUACGCCUCUCCCUCCAUACUCAGUACGCCUCUCCCUGCAUACUCAGUACGCCUCUCCCUGCAUACUCAGUACGCCUCUCCCUGCAUACUCAGUACGCCUCUCCCUCCAUACUCAGUACGCCUCUCCCUCCAUACUCAGUACGCCUCUCCCUGCAUACUCAGUACGCCUCUCCCUGCAUACUCAGUACGCCUCUCCCUGCAUACUCAGUACGCCUCUCCCUCCAUACUCAGUACGCCUCUCCCUCCAUACUCAGUACGCCUCUCCCUCCCUCCAUACUCAGUACGCCUCUCCCUCCAUACUCAGUACGCCUCUCCCUCCAUACUCAGUACGCCUCUCCCUCCAUACUCAGUACGCCUCUCCCUCCAUACUCAGUACGCCUCUCCCUCCAUACUCAGUACGCCUCUCCCUCCAUACUCAGUACGCCUCUCCCUCCAUACUCAGUACGCCUCUCCCUCCAUACUCAGUACGCCUCUCCCUGCAUACUCAGUACGCCUCUCCCUCCAUACUCAGUACGCCUCUCCCUGCAUACUCAGUACGCCUCUCCCUGCAUACUCAGUACGCCUCUCCCUCCAUACUCAGUACGCCUCUCCCUGCAUACUCAGUACGCCUCUCCCUCCAUACUCAGUACGCCUCUCCCUCCAUACUCAGUACGCCUCUCCCUGCAUACUCAGUACGCCUCUCCCUGCAUACUCAGUACGCCUCUCCCUCCAUACUCAGUACGCCUCUCCCUGCAUACUCAGUACGCCUCUCCCUGCAUACUCAGUACGCCUCUCCCUCCAUACUCAGUACGCCUCUCCCUGCAUACUCAGUACGCCUCUCCCUCCAUACUCAGUACGCCUCUCCCUGCAUACUCAGUACGCCUCUCCCUGCAUACUCAGUACGCCUCUCCCUGCAUACUCAGUACGCCUCUCCCUGCAUACUUAGUACGCCUCUCCCUCCAUACUCAGUACGCCUCUCCCUGCAUACUCAGUACGCCUCUCCCUGCAUACUCAGUACGCCUCUCCCUGCAUACUCAGUACGCCUCUCCCUGCAUACUCAGUACGCCUCUCCCACCAUACUCAGUACGCCUCUCCCUGCAUACUCAGUACGCCUCUCCCUGCAUACUCAGUACGCCUCUCCCUGCAUACUCAGUACGCCUCUCCCUCCAUACUCAGUACGCCUCUCCCUGCAUACUCAGUACGCCUCUCCCUGCAUACUCAGUACGCCUCUCCCUGCAUACUCAGUACGCCUCUCCCUCCAUACUCAGUACGCCUCUCCCUCCAUACUCAGUACGCCUCUCCCUCCAUACUCAGUACGCCUCUCCCUCCAUACUCAGUACGCCUCUCCCUCCAUACUCAGUACGCCUCUCCCUCCAUACUCAGUACGCCUCUCCCUCCAUACUCAGUACGCCUCUCCCUCCAUACUCAGUACGCCUCUCCCUCCAUACUCAGUACGCCUCUCCCUCCAUACUCAGUACGCCUCUCCCUCCAUACUCAGUACGCCUCUCCCUCCAUACUCAGUACGCCUCUCCCUCCAUACUCAGUACGCCUCUCCCUCCAUACUCAGUACGCCUCUCCCUGCAUACUCAGUACGCCUCUCCCUCCAUACUCAGUACGCCUCUCCCUCCAUACUCAGUACGCCUCUCCCUCCAUACUCAGUACGCCUCUCCCUCCAUACUCAGUACGCCUCUCCCUCCAUACUCAGUACGCCUCUCCCUCCAUACUCAGUACGCCUCUCCCUCCAUACUCAGUACGCCUCUCCCUCCAUACUCAGUACGCCUCUCCCUCCAUACUCAGUACGCCUCUCCCUCCAUACUCAGUACGCCUCUCCCUGCAUACUCAGUACGCCUCUCCCUGCAUACUCAGUACGCCUCUCCCUCCAUACUCAGUACGCCUCUCCCUCCAUACUCAGUACGCCUCUCCCUGCAUACUCAGUACGCCUCUCCCUGCAUACUCAGUACGCCUCUCCCUCCAUACUCAGUACGCCUCUCCCUCCAUACUCAGUACGCCUCUCCCUCCAUACUCAGUACGCCUCUCCCUCCAUACUCAGUACGCCUCUCCCUCCAUACUCAGUACGCCUCUCCCUCCAUACUCAGUACGCCUCUCCCUCCAUACUCAGUACGCCUCUCCCUCCAUACUCAGUACGCCUCUCCCUCCAUACUCAGUACGCCUCUCCCUCCAUACUCAGUACGCCUCUCCCUCCAUACUCAGUACGCCUCUCCCUCCAUACUCAGUACGCCUCUCCCUCCAUACUCAGUACGCCUCUCCCUCCAUACUCAGUACGCCUCUCCCUCCAUACUCAGUACGCCUCUCCCUCCAUACUCAGUACGCCUCUCCCUCCAUACUCAGUACGCCUCUCCCUCCAUACUCAGUACGCCUCUCCCUCCAUACUCAGUACGCCUCUCCCUGCAUACUCAGUACGCCUCUCCCUGCAUACUCAGUACGCCUCUCCCUCCAUACUCAGUACGCCUCUCCCUGCAUACUCAGUACGCCUCUCCCUCCAUACUCAGUACGCCUCUCCCUCCAUACUCAGUACGCCUCUCCCUGCAUACUCAGUACGCCUCUCCCUGCAUACUCAGUACGCCUCUCCCUCCAUACUCAGUACGCCUCUCCCUGCAUACUCAGUACGCCUCUCCCUCCAUACUCAGUACGCCUCUCCCUGCAUACUCAGUACGCCUCUCCCUCCAUACUCAGUACGCCUCUCCCUGCAUACUCAGUACGCCUCUCCCUGCAUACUCAGUACGCCUCUCCCUGCAUACUCAGUACGCCUCUCCCUGCAUACUCAGUACGCCUCUCCCUCCAUACUCAGUACGCCUCUCCCUGCAUACUCAGUACGCCUCUCCCUGCAUACUCAGUACGCCUCUCCCUGCAUACUCAGUACGCCUCUCCCUGCAUACUCAGUACGCCUCUCCCUCCAUACUCAGUACGCCUCUCCCUGCAUACUCAGUACGCCUCUCCCUCCAUACUCAGUACGCCUCUCCCUGCAUACUCAGUACGCCUCUCCCUGCAUACUCAGUACGCCUCUCCCUCCAUACUCAGUACGCCUCUCCCUGCAUACUCAGUACGCCUCUCCCUCCAUACUCAGUACGCCUCUCCCUGCAUACUCAGUACGCCUCUCCCUGCAUACUCAGUACGCCUCUCCCUGCAUACUCAGUACGCCUCUCCCUGCAUACUCAGUACGCCUCUCCCUCCAUACUCAGUACGCCUCUCCCUGCAUACUCAGUACGCCUCUCCCUGCAUACUCAGUACGCCUCUCCCUGCAUACUCAGUACGCCUCUCCCUGCAUACUCAGUACGCCUCUCCCUCCAUACUCAGUACGCCUCUCCCUGCAUACUCAGUACGCCUCUCCCUCCAUACUCAGUACGCCUCUCCCUGCAUACUCAGUACGCCUCUCCCUGCAUACUCAGUACGCCUCUCCCUCCAUACUCAGUACGCCUCUCCCUGCAUACUCAGUACGCCUCUCCCUCCAUACUCAGUACGCCUCUCCCUCCAUACUCAGUACGCCUCUCCCUGCAUACUCAGUACGCCUCUCCCUGCAUACUCAGUACGCCUCUCCCUCCAUACUCAGUACGCCUCUCCCUCCAUACUCAGUACGCCUCUCCCUCCAUACUCAGUACGCCUCUCCCUCCAUACUCAGUACGCCUCUCCCUCCAUACUCAGUACGCCUCUCCCUGCAUACUCAGUACGCCUCUCCCUGCAUACUCAGUACGCCUCUCCCUCCAUACUCAGUACGCCUCUCCCUCCAUACUCAGUACGCCUCUCCCUCCAUACUCAGUACGCCUCUCCCUCCAUACUCAGUACGCCUCUCCCUCCAUACUCAGUACGCCUCUCCCUCCAUACUCAGUACGCCUCUCCCUCCAUACUCAGUACGCCUCUCCCUCCAUACUCAGUACGCCUCUCCCUCCAUACUCAGUACGCCUCUCCCUCCAUACUCAGUACGCCUCUCCCUCCAUACUCAGUACGCCUCUCCCUCCAUACUCAGUACGCCUCUCCCUCCAUACUCAGUACGCCUCUCCCUCCAUACUCAGUACGCCUCUCCCUCCAUACUCAGUACGCCUCUCCCUCCAUACUCAGUACGCCUCUCCCUCCAUACUCAGUACGCCUCUCCCUGCAUACUCAGUACGCCUCUCCCUCCAUACUCAGUACGCCUCUCCCUGCAUACUCAGUACGCCUCUCCCUGCAUACUCAGUACGCCUCUCCCUCCAUACUCAGUACGCCUCUCCCUGCAUACUCAGUACGCCUCUCCCUCCAUACUCAGUACGCCUCUCCCUCCAUACUCAGUACGCCUCUCCCUGCAUACUCAGUACGCCUCUCCCUGCAUACUCAGUACGCCUCUCCCUCCAUACUCAGUACGCCUCUCCCUGCAUACUCAGUACGCCUCUCCCUGCAUACUCAGUACGCCUCUCCCUCCAUACUCAGUACGCCUCUCCCUCCAUACUCAGUACGCCUCUCCCUCCAUACUCAGUACGCCUCUCCCUGCAUACUCAGUACGCCUCUCCCUGCAUACUCAGUACGCCUCUCCCUGCAUACUCAGUACGCCUCUCCCUGCAUACUCAGUACGCCUCUCCCUCCAUACUCAGUACGCCUCUCCCUGCAUACUCAGUACGCCUCUCCCUGCAUACUCAGUACGCCUCUCCCUGCAUACUCAGUACGCCUCUCCCUGCAUACUCAGUACGCCUCUCCCACCAUACUCAGUACGCCUCUCCCUGCAUACUCAGUACGCCUCUCCCUGCAUACUCAGUACGCCUCUCCCUGCAUACUCAGUACGCCUCUCCCUCCAUACUCAGUACGCCUCUCCCUGCAUACUCAGUACGCCUCUCCCUGCAUACUCAGUACGCCUCUCCCUGCAUACUCAGUACGCCUCUCCCUGCAUACUCAUACGCCUCUCCCUCCAUACUCAGUACGCCUCUCCCUCCAUACUCAGUACGCCUCUCCCUCCAUACUCAGUACGCCUCUCCCUCCAUACUCAGUACGCCUCUCCCUCCAUACUCAGUACGCCUCUCCCUCCAUACUCAGUACGCCUCUCCCUCCAUACUCAGUACGCCUCUCCCUGCAUACUCAGUACGCCUCUCCCUCCAUACUCAGUACGCCUCUCCCUGCAUACUCAGUACGCCUCUCCCUGCAUACUCAGUACGCCUCUCCCUCCAUACUCAGUACGCCUCUCCCUGCAUACUCAGUACGCCUCUCCCUCCAUACUCAGUACGCCUCUCCCUCCAUACUCAGUACGCCUCUCCCUGCAUACUCAGUACGCCUCUCCCUGCAUACUCAGUACGCCUCUCCCUGCAUACUCAGUACGCCUCUCCCUGCAUACUCAGUACGCCUCUCCCUGCAUACUCAGUACGCCUCUCCCUGCAUACUCAGUACGCCUCUCCCUCCAUACUCAGUACGCCUCUCCCUCCAUACUCAGUACGCCUCUCCCUCCAUACUCAGUACGCCUCUCCCUCCAUACUCAGUACGCCUCUCCCUCCAUACUCAGUACGCCUCUCCCUCCAUACUCAGUACGCCUCUCCCUCCAUACUCAGUACGCCUCUCCCUCCAUACUCAGUACGCCUCUCCCUCCAUACUCAGUACGCCUCUCCCUCCAUACUCAGUACGCCUCUCCCUCCAUACUCAGUACGCCUCUCCCUCCAUACUCAGUACGCCUCUCCCUCCAUACUCAGUACGCCUCUCCCUCCAUACUCAGUACGCCUCUCCCUCCAUACUCAGUACGCCUCUCCCUGCAUACUCAGUACGCCUCUCCCUGCAUACUCAGUACGCCUCUCCCUCCAUACUCAGUACGCCUCUCCCUCCAUACUCAGUACGCCUCUCCCUCCAUACUCAGUACGCCUCUCCCUCCAUACUCAGUACGCCUCUCCCUCCAUACUCAGUACGCCUCUCCCUCCAUACUCAGUACGCCUCUCCCUCCAUACUCAGUACGCCUCUCCCUCCAUACUCAGUACGCCUCUCCCUCCAUACUCAGUACGCCUCUCCCUGCAUACUCAGUACGCCUCUCCCUGCAUACUCAGUACGCCUCUCCCUCCAUACUCAGUACGCCUCUCCCUCCAUACUCAGUACGCCUCUCCCUCCAUACUCAAUACGCCUCUCCCUCCAUACUCAGUACGCCUCUCCCUCCAUACUCAGUACGCCUCUCCCUCCAUACUCAGUACGCCUCUCCCUCCAUACUCAGUACGCCUCUCCCUCCAUACUCAGUACGCCUCUCCCUCCAUACUCAGUACGCCUCUCCCUCCAUACUCAGUACGCCUCUCCCUCCAUACUCAGUACGCCUCUCCCUCCAUACUCAGUACGCCUCUCCCUCCAUACUCAGUACGCCUCUCCCUGCAUACUCAGUACGCCUCUCCCUGCAUACUCAGUACGCCUCUCCCUCCAUACUCAGUACGCCUCUCCCUGCAUACUCAGUACGCCUCUCCCUCCAUACUCAGUACGCCUCUCCCUCCAUACUCAGUACGCCUCUCCCUGCAUACUCAGUACGCCUCUCCCUGCAUACUCAGUACGCCUCUCCCUCCAUACUCAGUACGCCUCUCCCUGCAUACUCAGUACGCCUCUCCCUGCAUACUCAGUACGCCUCUCCCUCCAUACUCAGUACGCCUCUCCCUGCAUACUCAGUACGCCUCUCCCUCCAUACUCAGUACGCCUCUCCCUGCAUACUCAGUACGCCUCUCCCUGCAUACUCAGUACGCCUCUCCCUGCAUACUCAGUACGCCUCUCCCUGCAUACUCAGUACGCCUCUCCCUCCAUACUCAGUACGCCUCUCCCUGCAUACUCAGUACGCCUCUCCCUGCAUACUCAGUACGCCUCUCCCUGCAUACUCAGUACGCCUCUCCCUGCAUACUCAGUACGCCUCUCCCACCAUACUCAGUACGCCUCUCCCUGCAUACUCAGUACGCCUCUCCCUGCAUACUCAGUACGCCUCUCCCUCCAUACUCAGUACGCCUCUCCCUCCAUACUCAGUACGCCUCUCCCUGCAUACUCAGUACGCCUCUCCCUGCAUACUCAUACGCCUCUCCCUGCAUACUCAGUACGCCUCUCCCUCCAUACUCAGUACGCCUCUCCCUCCAUACUCAGUACGCCUCUCCCUGCAUACUCAGUACGCCUCUCCCUGCAUACUCAGUACGCCUCUCCCUCCAUACUCAGUACGCCUCUCCCUGCAUACUCAGUACGCCUCUCCCUCCAUACUCAGUACGCCUCUCCCUCCAUACUCAGUACGCCUCUCCCUCCAUACUCAGUACGCCUCUCCCUCCAUACUCAGUACGCCUCUCCCUGCAUACUCAGUACGCCUCUCCCUGCAUACUCAGUACGCCUCUCCCUGCAUACUCAGUACGCCUCUCCCUCCAUACUCAGUACGCCUCUCCCUCCAUACUCAGUACGCCUCUCCCUGCAUACUCAGUACGCCUCUCCCUCCAUACUCAGUACGCCUCUCCCUCCAUACUCAGUACGCCUCUCCCUCCAUACUCAGUACGCCUCUCCCAUACUCAGUACGCCUCUCCCUCCAUACUCAGUACGCCUCUCCCUCCAUACUCAGUACGCCUCUCCCUCCAUACUCAGUACGCCUCUCCCUCCAUACUCAGUACGCCUCUCCCUCCAUACUCAGUACGCCUCUCCCUCCAUACUCAGUACGCCUCUCCCUGCAUACUCAGUACGCCUCUCCCUGCAUACUCAGUACGCCUCUCCCUCCAUACUCAGUACGCCUCUCCCUCCAUACUCAGUACGCCUCUCCCUCCAUACUCAGUACGCCUCUCCCUCCAUACUCAGUACGCCUCUCCCUCCAUACUCAGUACGCCUCUCCCUGCAUACUCAGUACGCCUCUCCCUGCAUACUCAGUACGCCUCUCCCUCCAUACUCAGUACGCCUCUCCCUCCAUACUCAAGUACGCCUCUCCCUCCAUACUCAGUACGCCUCUCCCUCCAUACUCAGUACGCCUCUCCCUCCAUACUCAGUACGCCUCUCCCUCCAUACUCAGUACGCCUCUCCCUCCAUACUCAGUACGCCUCUCCCUCCAUACUCAGUACGCCUCUCCCUCCAUACUCAGUACGCCUCUCCCUCCAUACUCAGUACGCCUCUCCCUCCAUACUCAGUACGCCUCUCCCUCCAUACUCAGUACGCCUCUCCCUCCAUACUCAGUACGCCUCUCCCUCCAUACUCAGUACGCCUCUCCCUCCAUACUCAGUACGCCUCUCCCUCCAUACUCAGUACGCCUCUCCCUCCAUACUCAGUACGCCUCUCCCUCCAUACUCAGUACGCCUCUCCCUCCAUACUCAGUACGCCUCUCCCUCCAUACUCAGUACGCCUCUCCCUCCAUACUCAGUACGCCUCUCCCUCCAUACUCAGUACGCCUCUCCCUCCAUACUCAGUACGCCUCUCCCUCCAUACUCAGUACGCCUCUCCCUCCAUACUCAGUACGCCUCUCCCUCCAUACUCAGUACGCCUCUCCCUCCAUACUCAGUACGCCUCUCCCUCCAUACUCAGUACGCCUCUCCCUCCAUACUCAGUACGCCUCUCCCUCCAUACUCAGUACGCCUCUCCCUCCAUACUCAGUACGCCUCUCCCUCCAUACUCAGUACGCCUCUCCCUCCAUACUCAGUACGCCUCUCCCUCCAUACUCUACUCAGUACGCCUCUCCCUCCAUACUCUACUCAGUACGCCUCUCCCUCCAUACUCAGUACGCCUCUCCCUCCAUACUCUACUCAGUACGCCUCUCCCUCCAUACUCUACUCAGUACGCCUCUCCCUCCAUACUCAGUACGCCUCUCCCUCCAUACUCAGUACGCCUCUCCCUCCAUACUCAGUACGCCUCUCCCUCCAUACUCAGUACGCCUCUCCCUCCAUACUCAGUACGCCUCUCCCUCCAUACUCAGUACGCCUCUCCCUGCAUACUCAGUACGCCUCUCCCUCCAUACUCAGUACGCCUCUCCCUCCAUACUCAGUACGCCUCUCCCUCCAUACUCAGUACGCCUCUCCCUCCAUACUCAGUACGCCUCUCCCUCCAUACUCAGUACGCCUCUCCCUCCAUACUCAGUACGCCUCUCCCUCCAUACUCAGUACGCCUCUCCCUCCAUACUCAGUACGCCUCUCCCUCCAUACUCAGUACGCCUCUCCCUCCAUACUCUACUCAGUACGCCUCUCCCUCCAUACUCUACUCAGUACGCCUCUCCCUCCAUACUCUACUCAGUACGCCUCUCCCUCCAUACUCUACUCAGUACGCCUCUCCCUCCAUACUCUACUCAGUACGCCUCUCCCUCCAUACUCAGUACGCCUCUCCCUCCAUACUCAGUACGCCUCUCCCUCCAUACUCAGUACGCCUCUCCCUCCAUACUCAGUACGCCUCUCCCUCCAUACUCAGUACGCCUCUCCCUCCAUACUCAGUACGCCUCUCCCUCCAUACUCAGUACGCCUCUCCCUCCAUACUCAGUACGCCUCUCCCUCCAUACUCAGUACGCCUCUCCCUCCAUACUCAGUACGCCUCUCCCUCCAUACUCAGUACGCCUCUCCCUCCAUACUCAGUACGCCUCUCCCUCCAUACUCAGUACGCCUCUCCCUCCAUACUCAGUACGCCUCUCCCUCCAUACUCAGUACGCCUCUCCCUCCAUACUCAGUACGCCUCUCCCUCCAUACUCAGUACGCCUCUCCCUCCAUACUCAGUACGCCUCUCCCUGCCAUACUCAGUACGCCUCUCCCUCCAUACUCAGUACGCCUCUCCCUGCAUACUCAGUACGCCUCUCCCUCCAUACUCAGUACGCCUCUCCCUCCUCAGUACGCCUCUCCCUCCAUACUCAGUACGCCUCUCCCUCCAUACUCAGUACGCCUCUCCCUCCAUACUCAGUACGCCUCUCCCUCCAUACUCAGUACGCCUCUCCCUCCAUACUCAGUACGCCUCUCCCUCCAUACUCAGUACGCCUCUCCCUCCAUACUCAGUACGCCUCUCCCUCCAUACUCAGUACGCCUCUCCCUCCCCUCCAUACUCAGUACGCCUCUCCCUCCAUACUCAGUACGCCUCUCCCUCCAUACUCAGUACGCCUCUCCCUCCAUACUCAGUACGCCUCUCCCUCCAUACUCAGUACGCCUCUCCCUCCAUACUCAGUACGCCUCUCCCUCCAUACUCAGUACGCCUCUCCCUCCAUACUCAGUACGCCUCUCCCUCCAUACUCAGUACGCCUCUCCCUACUCCCCUCCAUACUCAGUACGCCUCUCCCUCCAUACUCAGUACGCCUCUCCCUCCAUACUCAGUACGCCUCUCCCUCCAUACUCAGUACGCCUCUCCCUCCAUACUCAGUACGCCUCUCCCUCCAUACUCAGUACGCCUCUCCCUCCAUACUCAGUACGCCUCUCCCUCCAUACUCAGUACGCCUCUCCCUCCAUACUCAGUACGCCUCUCCCUCCAUACUCAGUACGCCUCUCCCUCCAUACUCAGUACGCCUCUCCCUCCAUACUCAGUACGCCUCUCCCUCCAUACUCAGUACGCCUCUCCCUCCAUACUCAGUACGCCUCUCCCUCCAUACUCAGUACGCCUCUCCCUCCAUACUCAGUACGCCUCUCCCUCCAUACUCAGUACGCCUCUCCCUCCAUACUCAGUACGCCUCUCCCUCCAUACUCAGUACGCCUCUCCCUCCAUACUCAGUACGCCUCUCCUCCAUACUCAGUACGCCUCUCCCUCCAUACUCAGUACGCCUCUCCCUCCAUACUCAGUACGCCUCUCCCUCCAUACUCAGUACGCCUCUCCCUCCAUACUCAGUACGCCUCUCCCUCCAUACUCAGUACGCCUCUCCCUCCAUACUCAGUACGCCUCUCCCUCCAUACUCAGUACGCCUCUCCCUCCAUACUCAGUACGCCUCUCCCUCCAUACUCAGUACGCCUCUCCCUCCAUACUCAGUACGCCUCUCCCUCCAUACUCAGUACGCCUCUCCCUCCAUACUCAGUACGCCUCUCCCUCCAUACUCAGUACGCCUCUCCCUCCAUACUCAGUACGCCUCUCCCUCCAUACUCAGUACGCCUCUCCCUCCAUACUCAGUACGCCUCUCCCUCCAUACUCAGUACGCCUCUCCCUCCAUACUCAGUACGCCUCUCCCUCCAUACUCAGUACGCCUCUCCCUCCAUACUCAGUACGCCUCUCCCUCCAUACUCAGUACGCCUCUCCCUCCAUACUCAGUACGCCUCUCCCUCCAUACUCAGUACGCCUCUCCCUCCAUACUCAGUACGCCUCUCCCUCCAUACUCAGUACGCCUCUCCCUCCAUACUCAGUACGCCUCUCCCUCCAUACUCAGUACGCCUCUCCCUCCAUACUCAGUACGCCUCUCCCUCCAUACUCAGUACGCCUCUCCCUCCAUACUCAGUACGCCUCUCCCUCCAUACUCAGUACGCCUCUCCCUCCAUACUCAGUACGCCUCUCCCUCCAUACUCAGUACGCCUCUCCCUCCAUACUCAGUACGCCUCUCCCUCCAUACUCAGUACGCCUCUCCCUCCAUACUCAGUACGCCUCUCCCUCCAUACUCAGUACGCCUCUCCCUCCAUACUCAGUACGCCUCUCCCUCCAUACUCAGUACGCCUCUCCCUCCAUACUCAGUACGCCUCUCCCUCCAUACUCAGUACGCCUCUCCCUCCAUACUCAGUACGCCUCUCCCUCCAUACUCAGUACGCCUCUCCCUCCAUACUCAGUACGCCUCUCCCUCCAUACUCAGUACGCCUCUCCCUCCAUACUCAGUACGCCUCUCCCUCCAUACUCAGUACGCCUCUCCCUCCAUACUCAGUACGCCUCUCCCUCCAUACUCAGUACGCCUCUCCCUCCAUACUCAGUACGCCUCUCCCUCCAUACUCAGUACGCCUCUCCCUCCAUACUCAGUACGCCUCUCCCUCCAUACUCAGUACGCCUCUCCCUCCAUACUCAGUACGCCUCUCCCUCCAUACUCAGUACGCCUCUCCCUCCAUACUCAGUACGCCUCUCCCUCCAUACUCAGUACGCCUCUCCCUCCAUACUCAGUACGCCUCUCCCUCCAUACUCAGUACGCCUCUCCCUCCAUACUCAGUACGCCUCUCCCUCCAUACUCAGUACGCCUCUCCCUCCAUACUCAGUACGCCUCUCCCUCCAUACUCAGUACGCCUCUCCCUCCAUACUCAGUACGCCUCUCCCUCCAUACUCAGUACGCCUCUCCCUCCAUACUCAGUACGCCUCUCCCUCCAUACUCAGUACGCCUCUCCCUCCAUACUCAGUACGCCUCUCCCUCCAUACUCAGUACGCCUCUCCCUCCAUACUCAGUACGCCUCUCCCUCCAUACUCAGUACGCCUCUCCCUCCAUACUCAGUACGCCUCUCCCUCCAUACUCAGUACGCCUCUCCCUCCAUACUCAGUACGCCUCUCCCUCCAUACUCAGUACGCCUCUCCCUCCAUACUCAGUACGCCUCUCCCUCCAUACUCAGUACGCCUCUCCCUCCAUACUCAGUACGCCUCUCCCUCCAUACUCAGUACGCCUCUCAUACGCCUCCCCAUACUCAGUACGCCUCUCCCUCCAUACUCAGUACGCCUCUCCCUCCAUACUCAGUACGCCUCUCCCUCCAUACUCAGUACGCCUCUCCCUCCAUACUCAGUACGCCUCUCCCUCCAUACUCAGUACGCCUCUCCCUCCAUACUCAGUACGCCUCUCCCUCCAUACUCAGUACGCCUCUCCCUCCAUACUCAGUACGCCUCUCCCUCCAUACUCAGUACGCCUCUCCCUCCAUACUCAGUACGCCUCUCCCUCCAUACUCAGUACGCCUCUCCCUCCAUACUCAGUACGCCUCUCCCUCCAUACUCAGUACGCCUCUCCCUCCAUACUCAGUACGCCUCUCCCUCCAUACUCAGUACGCCUCUCCCUCCAUACUCAGUACGCCUCUCCCUCCAUACUCAGUACGCCUCUCCCUCCAUACUCAGUACGCCUCUCCCUCCAUACUCAGUACGCCUCUCCCUCCAUACUCAGUACGCCUCUCCCUCCAUACUCAGUACGCCUCUCCCUCCAUACUCAGUACGCCUCUCCCUCCAUACUCAGUACGCCUCUCCCUCCAUACUCAGUACGCCUCUCCCUCCAUACUCAGUACGCCUCUCCCUCCAUACUCAGUACGCCUCUCCCUCCAUACUCAGUACGCCUCUCCCUCCAUACUCAGUACGCCUCUCCCUCCAUACUCAGUACGCCUCUCCCUCCAUACUCAGUACGCCUCUCCCUCCAUACUCAGUACGCCUCUCCCUCCAUACUCAGUACGCCUCUCCCUCCAUACUCAGUACGCCUCUCCCUCCAUACUCAGUACGCCUCUCCCUCCAUACUCAGUACGCCUCUCCCUCCAUACUCAGUACGCCUCUCCCUCCAUACUCAGUACGCCUCUCCCUCCAUACUCAGUACGCCUCUCCCUCCAUACUCAGUACGCCUCUCCCUCCAUACUCAGUACGCCUCUCCCUCCAUACUCAGUACGCCUCUCCCUCCAUACUCAGUACGCCUCUCCCUCCAUACUCAGUACGCCUCUCCCUCCAUACUCAGUACGCCUCUCCCUCCAUACUCAGUACGCCUCUCCCUCCAUACUCAGUACGCCUCUCCCUCCAUACUCAGUACGCCUCUCCCUCCAUACUCAGUACGCCUCUCCCUCCAUACUCAGUACGCCUCUCCCUCCAUACUCAGUACGCCUCUCCCUCCAUACUCAGUACGCCUCUCCCUCCAUACUCAGUACGCCUCUCCCUCCAUACUCAGUACGCCUCUCCCUCCAUACUCAGUACGCCUCUCCCUCCAUACUCAGUACGCCUCUCCCUCCAUACUCAGUACGCCUCUCCCUCCAUACUCAGUACGCCUCUCCCUCCAUACUCAGUACGCCUCUCCCUCCAUACUCAGUACGCCUCUCCCUCCAUACUCCCUCUCCUGCCCCUCUCUUCCCCCUUCUCCUUUCACUUACCCCUUCUACGAUGUUGCAAUCGUCUCACUUGAUAGACCCAUGCACGUCAGGGACCGAUGUGCCUUGCAAUGCGCCGAGACCCCUUGCCAAGGAUGGCCACGUGCAUGGCAUGGUGGCGCUGUCAGGCAGUGUGUUGGCGGGCUCUGCCUCACCAUGCCCCUGCCAUGCCCUUUUCAAGCUGAGCCGUGCCUGGCAUGCCUUUGCCUUCCCACUCCCACCACUGCAGGCGCCAAGGACGGUCACGUGCAUGGCAUGGUGGCGCUGUCAGGCAGUGUGCUGGCGCUCUGCCUCGCCAUGCCCCGAUACCCCUUCUCCCGAGUGCUACACGACCUCAAGCCACCUUACAAGCCGUCCCACUGCCUCGCCAUGCUCCAAGACCCCUUCUCCCGAGUGCUACACGAUCUCAAGGUGCGUCUCCUCACUGCCUUCUUUUUUAGCCGCCUCACAAGUCGACUCGCCAUGCCCCGAGACCCCUUCUCCCGAGUGCUGCACGACCUCAAGAAGCUGCCGUGCCAUGUAUGCCUCGAGACCCCUUCUCCCGAGUGCUACACGACCUCAAGACCCGUUCUCCCGAGUGCCACACGACCUCAAGGUGCGAUGCCCCCUUUUGGAGCCUCAAUGGCUUUUGAGUGGACUCAAAAUGUCCACGACCUCAAGGUUGAUGCUGUGCGCAGUGUUGUGAGCAGGCUAGAUCUGGUGCAGGAUGGGGAGGAUGAGCAGGCAGAGAAGGGGGAGAAGGGGGGGCGCAGUAGGGAAGGAGGGGGGGAGGGGGGAGAGGCGGACGGAGAGUUGAAGGGAAAGGCAAGGGAAGGAGGAGAAGAGGAGGUGGAGGAGGGGGUGACUGAGAGACCGUUGCAGCAGAGGAGCGGUGCAGUGGCAGUGGCAGACGAGGCAGUGAGGGAGCAGGGCGUUGGGGUGGAGUGGGAGGGGCAGGCUGAAGAGGGAGAGGAGGAGCAGAGUGGCAUGGAGGGCAGUGCUGGUCCGUCCGCUUUCUGGCUUCCCCCUGGGAAUGCACCUGCCAAGCCACACAGCAGCACCCCGAUUGGCGGCUCUGGCAGCAGUGGCAACAGUGAUAAGAGUGUCGUGAAGGCAGGGGUGCGGGAGAAGCGCUCAGCAGGCAGGGCUGUGUCCCUGCUGUUGGCUGUGCUGGGGGUGCUGCUUGCCCUUGUUGCAGCCUUCGUGCUUGCUCUCAAAUGA